GUCACAUGUAAACACAGCUUCAAACGUCAGCUGGAUGGAUGCUGCAGCGCUGUCGCGUACAAAAUUUCUGCCGUGCAUCACUUUCUGACCAGCGCCUCGCACCUUAAGUAUCGAUUGUGCAGUAAGCGCCGGGUGCUUUGGUUCCGUAUUUUACGUUCUUUUCGUUUUAGUGACAUAGUUUGUAGAAUGCCAAGCGCUCAAACUGCUCUAUGAGCGACGUACAACGUAAACACCACGCCCGUAUUGCAGAAAAAACCCGUGCCCGGAAAGUGAUUGAUGAUAGCAAUUAAAUUAUAACAGCUGUAGCUGACGCUGAAUCGGACAACCAAGCUUCUGCUUCAACAUUGGCGCUACAACCUCAAGAGUUCCUGGCCUGGCAUUACAAGCUUCCGUGGCUUAAUUUACCUGCAGCUGAGUAGUCAGUCCGAAAUUGGAGACUGAGUUUUGCCGUGUGCAGAUCCGGCGCCGUUUCUGAUUCAGCCACCGAAUCACGACCGAACAGCGGACCAAGGAUGAGCAUUUUCACGGGCAAUUGCAAGUGUUCGUACACGGUCGGAUUGGUGGGUUUGAGCGUUUGUGGCUUCCUGCUGUCACUGUACACAUCCUACGUGGAGCUGCGCGCCGAGCAUGACCAUUCCUACAAAGCGAUGUGCGACAUUAGCGAGCGCAUCAGCUGCACUAAGGUGUUCACCUCAAGUUUGCUUCUCUUUUCCAGAUAUGGCCGCGGAUUUGGAAUAGUUGGACCGGUUCUCGGUGAAGACUCACUGCUCAAUGUACCGAACGGCUUUUACGGCAUUUUUUACUACUUUGUCGUGGCGGCAUUCAGCUUCAGUGACCAUUUAGCCAUCUCCCGGCUCAACAGCUACCUGAUACUGCUGUCCAACUGUCUGUCGCUGUACCUGGCGUACCUGCUGUACUACGUCCUGGAGGAUAUGUGCAUCGUGUGCGUCACCACGUAUGCGGUCAACUUUAUCAGCUUGAUACUGGCGCUGCAGAAAAUUCAGGUACUGAUCCGGGACGAGCAGGUUAUGCGUGCCUUCAAAGUCAGCAAGACCAAAUAGGAAGCACUCAGCACUGUUCGAAUCUUUGGUUAAGUUCUUCGUGGAACGGUUAGUAGAUGAUUGUUACAACAAUGUGAACAAACUCGUUUUAAUGUUUCUAAACUGUGUUAGUUUGCUGUGUUUUUUUUUAUUCGGUACCGUACGUUGCUUCAUCGUUAUCUCGUCUUUGAAUAGCGCUUUUACUGUUAUCGGUGCCAAAAAUAACUAUCUUCAAGCAAAUAAGAUAGUUCAAUGUUUGUGAUUGUUAGUCAAUAAAAAAAUCAUUCCAACAAAUCAAGAAA